UUUUUGGCCCCUUCAGCCUCGUUCCCACACUCUAUUCUGUCACUUCCAACAUCAAACCAUUCAAGUUUUCAGUCAGAACAAUUCAAUUUCAAAGCUAAUUCUUCCACAUUCAUAGCUUAUAUAUAGAAAGUGCAGAAUGGAAAGUGAUAUGAACUGGGAGCAGAAAGCACUCAUCAAUGAGCUAAUUCAGGGGAUGGAGAUGGCGAGAAAAUUGAAGUCAGAUUUGAGCUUAACAUCUUCGCUUGACACAAAGAACUUGCUGCUUCAACAGAUAUUAUCUUCUUAUGACAAGGCUUUACUAAUUCUACGGUGCAAUGCAUCAAAUUCCAAGUCACAGACAAUGCAUCAAGCAACUCAAACUCUGUCACCAGAGUCCUCACUAUUUGUCAAAAGAGGUGAGGACAUUGAAGGGGACGUCAAGGGUCAUCAUGAGCCUAAACAAAACUCAAAGAAAAGAAAGAUGCUGAUGGAUAAGGUUAGAGUGAAGACUGAGAAUGGCUCUGAAGGGUCCCAAGAAGAUGGCUACAAUUGGAGAAAAUAUGGACAGAAAGACAUCCUCGGAUCAAAACACCCCAGAAGCUACUACAGAUGCACCUUCCGCAAAUCUAAGGGCUGCUGGGCCACAAAGCAAGUGCAGAGAUCAGAUGAAGACCCCACUAUCUUGGACAUUUCUUACCACGGAAAACACACAUGUUCUCAGGGAAACAAUGCUGUUCUGCCGCCAAAUUCACAAGACUUGCAAGAGAAACCACAUGGUUAUAAUAAUGAUGAUGUACCCCAAUCUCAGCCAUCACAAGAAAGCAUUGCAAAAUUCAGAAACAACUUGACUGUCAAUACUUAUAACCUUGGAAAUGAAGAAAUGGCAUGUCCUUUCACUUCCUCUUCUGCUUCAUUUGGGUGCAUGACACAAGAUAACCAUAACUUACUUCCUCAUGUAAGUUAUGAUCCCUUCUUGAGCAGCUUUACCCAUAUGCACUUGUUAUCUCCAGAUUCUGAUGAUAUUACUCGGAUAAUUUCUGCCAGCACAUCAACCACCAACUCUCCAAUUUUCGACCUCGAUUUCACACUUGACGAAGUGAAAAUCAAUUCAAACUUCCCUUUCAAUGCCUCAGAAUUUUUCUCCUGACUGCACUCUAUAUGCAGAAAGUUAUGGUUAGCCUGUUAAGCAUAGCAUGUAUUGUGUUUCAUUUGAAUUAGAACAAGUUCAGACCAUAGAACAAAGAACAGCAAUGAUAACACCAAUAAAUGCCCUGCCAGUGUAGUUACUACUAUCAGUUAAUAUCAGCAUUGCAUUUUUGUACCUUCUAA